AUGGGGCUUUUUAUGGAGAGGACAUUGCUUAUCGGGAUCUCCAUCUCCAUCGGUCUGCCCGGUGCAGAUGCUCAUGUACCCAGAUUAUCAUUUUCUGCUGCCCUCACAGUUGCCAUGGAGAAGGCUGGAACCAUUAUAUUUGAUAAGGUCUUUGUCAAUGAAGGAGAAUUCUAUGACCGAAGAACAGGAAUUUUCACCGCUCCUUUAGAUGGACGCUACUUCUUCAGUGCUAUCUUGACAGGCCACAAGAAUGAGAAGAUUGAGGCAGUUUUAUCAAAGUCUAACUACGGCAUGGCACGAGUGGACUCAGGUGGCUAUCAGCCUGAGGGUUUGGAGAACAACCCUGUUGCUGAGGCGAAGACAACCCCGGGGUCUCUGGCUGUUUUCAACAUCAUUCUGCCUCUGCAGGCUCGAGAUUCUGUUUGCAUUGACCUUGUAAUGGGCAAACUGGCCCAUUCUGUGGAACCCCUCACCAUCUUCAAUGGGAUGCUACUCUAUGAACACAUGUGAUUCACAAAAAGGUCAAAAGCUGUCAUGAUGACCUGCAGUGACUCUGUAAAUGUUAGAGGCCACACAGAAAACACAAGCAGGUCGAUCGGUGCACUUCAAGAACUCCAGUCAGUGCUUGUAACGUCUGAGAAGUCAAAAAGACAAGGCCAGAGAACCUAAACAGUCUCAACGCCAUGAAGUAUUAUGUCACUUCCUGCAGACCUUAUUUGAUAGAUUAUAACAAUGACAUUUUUUCUUGAGCAGUCUUGCCUCCACAUUCUACCUAAUCAUCUGAUGUGUUCUUCACACCAACCCCCCUCCGACCCCAUAAAUUAUUUGUGUAAACACCUUGUUAUAAAAGAAAUAAGUCCUAUACAGGCCUGAGGCCCAUUGGUAUUGGUCCUUAUCCCUGGAUGCUGUCGUGUGAAGCAGAUGAGAGUCUACAGCUCACCAUGGACAGGAUGUCAGUCCAUCACAGGUUACUUCCCAACCAUUUACAGCUGGGUGGACUGGGACAAUGCAGAUGAAGUGUCUUGUCCAAGGACACAGACAGGUAGCCUGCCCGGGAAUUGAACUCAGAUCUAUAGUCCAACUCCUAAUCCCACUGGGCUAUUUCAAUUAAGCCUCGGUCCCACUGAAUAAUAAGCCAUGAAUAAUGAACCACACAUGGGUGUCAGCGAUUAUUCAAAGAAUGAGCCACGUUUUAAACUGUCACAUAUCCGCUACUAAGGCGCCUCUAUGUGCCUCUCUGUACCUCACAUGUACUUGGUAUCAGCCUCUUGUGAGCCACGACCGACCUGUCAUUUGAGCCCCGUCCAGCCUCGAAUGGCUCAUGUCACUGCAUAAGAGUCAUGUAACACAACUUUAGUAUACGUUUAGGCAUGGGUUUGGUCCAAACCUCCAGCCCUCCCACACUUGGUCCCUUUAAAGUGUGGGUUUUCAAUUCACAGCAUCCAUUCAAGAUGUUGUCACACAAUCCGGCCGCAGUGGAGGUGCAAAGGGGGGGGCUUGACCACACCCAAUAAUGAGCCAAGCCCCCCCCAUUAAUUCUGCCAAUACUGUGAAUAGUGAUUGACAUAUUGGUGGAUCUCAACUGCAGUUUUGCACUGAGAAUGUCUCAAUAUUGCGUAACUGAGCAAAGUGAUGAAUGUGUGUGUUCGGUGAUCCACCA